AUGGCAAAGCAUGGAAUUAUUGGGAAACCAGGGCUUAACAUCUACCACAUUACGUCUUCUACAGUAAAUCCAGUAACCCUGAAAUUCUUAUUUGACCUGUUCUAUGAACAUUUCGAGUCCUCUCCAAUCAGAGACAUGAAUGGAAAAGAAGUGAAGAUUAAAAGAGUCAAAUUUGUUAGCUCGUCGAAAGAUAUCUUCUCACAUAUCUCUAAAGAAAAUAUCACAAAAAAUAUGAAUGUUUCUCCAGAACUUGAAAGAAAAUUACGUGAGAGAAAGAUAGAGCAAAUUAAAGACUUGAUGAAGAUGUAUGAACCAUAUUCAUCUUCACAGUGGUUUGAAAGCAGAGAUACCUACAAAUUGUGGGAAGCCAUGUCUUUAGAAGAACAGCUGAGUUUUGGAUUUGACGUGAAGAGGUUGGAUUGGAAGGACUAG